GGUUAGCACUGUUGCUUCACUCUGCUGGGACCCAGGUUCGAGUCUCCGCCUGGGUCACAUGUAUGCAGAGUUUGCAUGUUCUCCCCAUGUCGUCGUGGGGUUUCCUCCGGGUACUCUGGUUUCCCCUCACAGUCCAAAAACAUGCUGAGGCUAAUUGGACUUACUAAAUUGCCCAUAGAUGUGCAUGUGUGAGUGAAUGGUACGUGAGUGUGCCCUGCGAUGGGCUGGCCCCCCAUCCUGGGUUGUUCCCUGCCUCGUGCCCAUUGCUUCUGGGAUAGGCUCUGGACCCCCCAUGACCCAGUAGGAUAAGCGGUUUGGAAAAUGGAUGGAUGGAUAUAUGUAACCAGAUUAUUUUGUUUAAUUUGUAUAAUUGUCAUGCCGAGGCAGGGUGCAGGCAGGCUUUAAAACAAAGGGGGUAAACGGAACACACUGGGGUAAACUACAAAACAAAAGGCCCACCAAGGGUCAGAACUAAACAGGGGGAAAAAACACUGAUUAACAAACUAAAGAAACAAUAACUUAACACUGCUGGGGAGCAGGACAAGGGAAACCAUGCAGUGCAAUAUUAGUAUAGGCAUCUAAUACACAAACAUACAAGUACAAUGAAUCAUCGGGGGAAAAAAAUGAAUCAGAACAGGCACUUAUCAAGACAAUGCCUGACAGGUGAGAAUCAUAACCAAUUAACCAAUCACAAGGACUCAGGGCAAACAAGGAACAGGUGUGGCAUAUUACAAUUAAACAACACUGGAGACUAGGAAAAAUUAAAUACUACGGGUUAAAUAAAGCAAAGGAAAACUGGGUAAACAGGGAACAAGGAGCAAAAAAACAACAAACCAACUCAAAUGCAAAAAAAAAAACCAAAAACAGCAAAGCACUGAUAACCAAUAACAAUAGAUGAGACCUGUCUCUAGCCAGCUUUGACCCCACAAGUCAGAUUCACAAUCUAAGCCCCAUGCUAAGCCCACUGAGCUGUGUGGCAGGCCAGGGAACACAGAAAGCACAUAGAGGCUGAAGGGAGAUUGACACUAACAUAUAAUUACACAAAAUCAGUUUUUUUAAGGUGUUGAUUUGUGUGUAAUAGAAAAAAAAAAAUCACACAAUGCAGAUAAACUGGUUACAUAUACUAUAUAAAGACAAGCAUUCAGGUUACAACUGAAGCUUUGAAGAAAACAAAAUGCUUUAUUUUUUUAUAAGCAGGCUGUUGUAUAAUUAGGCUGUAGACUCACGGUGUUACCGGUGUAGUGCAAAAUCCAUAACAAGGCACAGAAUCACACCAGUAAUGACUAUGACACCAGUGUACCACCCACCCCUAGCAGGCACUUAAAUACAAUGAUAAUGAGGACUGACAAAAGGCAGGUGUGAAUCAUCAAAACAACCAAUCAACAAGGGCACAGGGCAACAAGACACAGGUGAAGAAACUAACACUAAUGAACACAGAACUAAGGAACUUAGACCUGAAACUAAGGAAACACAGGGAAAUACUGCACUAGGAGAAAAUCAAGAAACAAGUAACACAGAACAGCCAAGGCAGGGACAAGGAACCAUAAAGAAGACAAAAUAAACACAGGGGUAAACAAUAUUAAACUAAGGAUAAACCAAUAAACAACAUGAGUGAGGCUGUCCUUCAACCCACUACUAUCAGCCUGAGAACCUUGCUGCAGACCACAUACCCAAAGCCAGCGGUUGAGGAAGUGAGCACAUUUCAUCACAGCAAUGGGGUAGCAGAACCUAACAUGAUGUGUGACACAGCAUCACCUGCACCUCAGCUGGACACCCCAGACAGCCCACUAGACAGCAACCCCCGGCUCUGGGACCCCACAGAGGACCUCCGCUACCUCACGCGAACCUUCCACCAGCUUCACGCCUCAGGCUGGUACUGGGGGCCUGUGUCAGCUGGUGAGGCCCAGGAGCUGCUUCGGGACGAGCUGGAAGGCACGUUCCUGGUGCGGGACAGCUGCCACCCGCUCUACAUGCUGACUCUGUCUCUGAAGACGGCCCGAGGUCCGACCAACGUGCGCAUCAAGUACAGCCACGGCCACUUCUGCCUGGACUCCAACUGCCAGAGCAAACAGUCUCUGCCCGGCUUUGGCAGCAUAGGUGAGCUGGUGCAGAAUUAUGCCAGGCCCCGACGCCCGCUCAGCAUUGGAGGACAUAUGGCCCCACCUGCCCUCACGCUCAGUGACGCCACCGUGCCACUCAGAUUGGUGCGCCCGCUGCGGAUACGUGAGACCUGUCCCUCCUUGCAGCACCUCGCACGCCUCGCAAUUAACCGUGCUGCCCCUGCUCCCACACAGUUGCCCCUGCCACGCCUGCUGGUACAAUACUUACAGGACUACCCUUUCCAACUCUAACUUUGCCGGGACUUCACUGCGACAGGGGCAGAAGUCAAAGUCCUGAUUCCUAAAUGGCCACAGCAAGGAUAAGAAGCAUCCUGUACGAGUUUGUAUUACCAGCUGGUUUAGAAGUCUGCAAUAACCAAAACCUAGAAAACCAGUUUACGCUAUACAGCAUCCUGGGAAAUGUAGUGUGAGAUGUACCUUGUUUUCUCAUUUGUGAUUCCAACCCGGGAGGAAAAAAAAUGAAACUGGCUUGCUUAGGUCUGAAUUAAUGCCAGGGCAUUGUCCUUUUAAUGGGAAUGUCAGGGCCGAGGGGGCAACCUUGCUGUUCUAUGCCAAGCGUUUCCAAGCCAUAUCUGUGCCAUAUUCUUCCUGUUGCUAAGACCUUUGAAUCCAAUGCCCUGAUAGUAAUUGGUGAAUUUCUUCUAAUUCUGUUUAAUCGUUGUCCUCCUAGACCAAGCUCUGGUUUUGUAGAAGAAUUCUCAGGUUCUCUGACUUAAUUUUCUGUGUUCGUAAUGUCUAUGAUAUUGCAGGUUCAUGCCAGUAACCCUGGAAAUCCCUAAAUGUGAAAUUGGUAAACUUCCUGUUUUAAUCUGAUACAUAUUAUAGUUCUUACCCAUAACAAAGGCCAAACACUUGAUCUAUUAGUUUAAAAUACACCUCUCUCAUAUUUUCACAAAUCUGAUUUUCUGGAGUCCAAUUAUAAAAUUGUUUGUAAGAAUCUCACUCUUCAUUCUGGUGUGUUGGGUGAUUUAUACAAUUUAAUAAUCUCAAGGGUCUUAAUAUUUUUUAUUUUCUGGAGUCUACUAGCUCUGCCUGUGUCAAACAGAUGAUCCUUAACUCCGCUCUUCAUUCAGUGGCCCCUGUGAAAACCCAGACUUAUCCUUCAGAUGUUCCCUAAUAGUUUACAGAAGAACUUUGCAUCCCGAAGACUCAGAAAUGGAGGCGGUGGUGCUUGUAGAAGAAUUAAUGGGACUUUUAAUGGAACCUUUUAAUGGAACUUUAUUAGAACACAUAGCAUUAAUGCCUUUUGUGUGUGUAUGUCCUUUUAUUCAGUAUUUAUUGUUAUGUGUGAAUGACUGCUAUGGUACUCCACAUGCCUCUUUAAAUUGCCCCUUGGCUAUACAUAAAGUGAUUUGAAUUUAAUUGAAUCAGGCCUCUACUGUAAAUCACAUGGCUUUCAAAGACUAUCAGUUUCACUGUAUAUUUCCUGAGAUGAAUAAACAUUCACUUCCCUAUGAUCCUCAAAGAAACAGAAGCUGUAUUAACUGAAAGCCCCUAACCAGAUCACCUGUUUUAGUACCUGCAUACUUAACUGUUGAUGAGAAUACUAUCCCUUGGUUUCAAGUGGUCUUUCAUCUUGUUUUUGAUGCCUCUCUUCACAUUUCUGCUCACAUUAAAGUCUUAUUAUCUUAAAAGAAA